UUGUUGGACGAUCUGCUAACAACAGCAGUUUCUGCAGUGGCGUAGUAAAUCUGAUGCUCACAGCACAGAGUAGAUUAUAUAACACUCCUCUCUGGCGUUUUCAGCCUCCACAGCUUCAGACAGUUACCCCAUCUAUCUCUCUUCCCCGUCCGGAUGAGAGGCAGCAGCAGGGCUUUGAAUUGGAUGCCUCUCUCAUCGACCCGGACGCGCUGCACCCCUCCUUCCUUUCCUCCGGCUCUCUUCCUGCUUGCGCCUCCUUCGCUCCCUCCCUCCUUCACUUUCUAACCCUUUUGCUUCUUCUCAUCCUCUUUUCCUCUUGACUGUGGAUGCCCUCCUCACUUACAGUAUGGACUCAGGAGGAGAAGGAGGAGAGGGUUGGAUGGAGGACCAGUGGGAGAAAUGGCUGACUCAUGACAUCAGUCUGGAUGAGUUUGAGGAUGACGACCUGUCAGAGAUUACAGAGAUCACCGAUGAGCGUGGGGUGAGCCUCAACUGCAAUGGCCCAGAUAUAAAGGGCCGUGUGAGGCGAGGAACCAAUAGGAUGUCAGGGAGGGCGGAGCUGGGAGCUGUCGGCCAGCUUCAGGCAGAGAUGCUGCAUUUGGACCUUAUCGACGGUGCUGACAGUUACCUCGGAGAUAAGGCGUCCUCGAAGGCAUCCGCCAUCGCAACCCCGCCAGUCACCAAGGACCCUGCAGCUCCUGUUACCAUGGAUACUUACCGGCCCAAGAGACCCACGACCCUUAACCUCUUUCCAAUUGUGCCACGCACACAGGACACAUUAAACAACAACUCAUUUGGGAAGAAAUACAGCUGGCAGGAGAAGGUUUCAGGCUCUUCCUCACCUCUUAAAACAGGUGACCUCACCCCUCCACGUGAGCACAGCUGUCUGAGUGACGAGGACAAGGUGCAGGGUGGCGCAGCGCAGACCAAAGACCGCGGGACCUCUACAGAUGUCCCCUGCAGACACAGUCGGACCUCGGGACACUUGCAUAGCUCAUGCACAGGGAUUGCAACGCGCUCCAAGCUGCAGGAGAAGCCACCUGCUCCACCACCACCGCAGAACUACACUCCAGCUCCUUUGUACCCAGCGGGUAAGGCAGAUGGUGGCGGGCACCACAGGGAGAGGAUUCGAUACCACACGGAUGUUCAUCUAGAGCCCACGGAGGAGAUUUAUCUGACCCCCGUGCAACGGUCUGCUGACCCCCUGGAACUUCCAGACGUGCAGGACCGUCCUUUCCUGUCGCAGCAGACUGAGCAAGGCCGCAUGUCAAUAAGCUCUGAUACAGAAGGACCACCUCCAUAUCAGCCCCUUCCAGAUCGGACCAACCCCUCCAUCUAUGAGGAGGAUGAGAUCUAUAUCCCUCCACCUUCAUAUGCUUCCUGUGUAGAGUCCCUCAUCACACCACCCAGCAUGGCUAUUUCAGGUUGCUCCUCGCUCGCACUGGACCUCAGCUUGAAGGGGGCAGGGACAGGGGCCGGUGCCAUGCUGAGAGCCGGUUCAUCUGUAGAGUAUGUGGACGCCACAGAUGAAAGUUACUGCGGGGAGGAUGAGGAUGUUGACAGAAUAAUUGACGGAAGGAUGGCAAAAGGGGGACAGAAGGGAGAUGGUGGCGGCAGCGAAUCUGUCCCACUGAGGACUAUCAUGAGCUCGGAGGCCAGCGGCCUGUCAUAUGACUCUGUCAAAUACACUUUAGUGGUGGAUGAGCAUGCUCAGUUAGAGCUUGUCAGCCUCCGACAGUGUUACCAAGGCUACAGCGACGACAGCGACUCAGCAACCGUCUAUGACAACUGCGUCUCCUCUCCCUAUGAGUCAGCCAUCGGGGAGGAGUAUGAGGAGGAAGAUGAGGAUGAGGAGCACGACGCUAGGUUAGGAGGAGUGCAGAGGGAGGCCACCGCCUGUCUCUCUGAGGACUCCACUCCUGAAGCAGACUUGCAUUUCUCCAAGAAGUUCCUCAACGUCUUCCUGAAUGGCCGCUCUCGCUCUUCCAGUGCAGAGUCCUUUGGCCUUUACUCUUGUGUCAUAAAUGGAGAGGAGAAGGAUCAGACCCACAGAGCAGUAUACAGGUUUGUCCCUCGACACGAUGAUGAACUGGAGUUGGAGGUGGAUGACCCGUUGCUGGUGGAGGUCCAAGGAGAAGAUUACUGGUAUGAGGGCUACAACAUGCGAACGGGAUCCCGUGGAAUCUUUCCCGCCUACUAUGCUAUGGAAGUGACCAAGGACACCGAUAGCUAUAAAGUGAAAAGCAGUGAAUGGAUGGACAGUUACCGCUUGAAGUUCUUGGGAUCAGUUCAAGUGCCCUACCACAAAGGAAAUGAUGUUCUGUGUGCAGCAAUGCAAAAGAUUGCCACAAACAGAAGAAUGACAGUCAAGUACAACCCACCUUCUUCCUGCAUUCUAGAGAUCAGUGUCAAAGGCAUCAAGCUUGGAGUUCAGGAGGAUUACUAUGCCUGUGACAGAAGUAACGAGUGCAGCCACUUCUUCCAGUUAAAAAAUGUUUCCUUUUGUGGUUAUCAUCCCAAAAACAGCAAGUAUUUUGGUUUCAUAACCAAACACCCCGCAGACCACAGAUUUGCUUGCCAUGUGUUUGUGUCUGAAAACUCCACCAAACCUGUUGCAGAGUCAGUGGGGAAAGCCUUCCAGUCAUACUACAAAGAGUUUGUGGAGUUUUCGUGCCCUACAGAAGACAUUUACCUGGAAUAACCCCACCUUUAACCACAGCCCUGUACAGUACACUGUAUCAUAACAUAUUGUUGCAUGAAGGACAGACGUAGCUAAAUUUAAAAGAAAAAAAAAAAGAAAAAGAUAAACCUUUCCAGCAAACAAGCAAGGAAAUGAGGAGUGUUGCAAUUGUUGUGAAAGCUGUUGUUAAAGUAUGAAGUGAAGGGAUUAAAAGCCAAAGGAAGUGUGAAAGUACAUGCAAAUGACUGCAGACUGGGACCACAGAUGGAAAUUAGCUCAGAGAGUUACAGUCUGGUACAACGCAUAUUUUUGUUUCAUAUGUCGCUGUACAUGGUCCCUGUUCAAUAAACUAAAUAAACAAAGAAACAAGAAACAAAAUGGAAUCAGCCACAGGCCGUAAAUGCAAAGCACAAAUGUUGUAUGUCUACAGCAGGGGUGCCCAAGUCCGGUCCUCGAGAUCUACCAUCCUGCAACCUUUAGAUGCAACCCUUCUCCAACA